UUAAGUGAAAUUGGAUAAAUGGUCAUCUCACGAUAUUUCGCUAUUCAAUCCUGUUCGGUGCACCGACCGUGCGGCGCGGGCUCGCAGCGCUAGUAGCCUCGGCUUCAAAUACGACUAAAACUUAGGGAUGAAUUAAGUAAACACAGGUUAACAACAAAAUGUGACAUAGAUUUCGACCGUAGUGUUACAGUGUUCUUGGGACUCGUAUGCUGGUCUAGAUAUCUAGAUAAGUGUGUGAUAAGACUGAGAAAUGGAUUUGAGUAAAUACCUUGCAGUGCUGGUGGUGUUCCUCGUGGACGGUGGCGAGAGCGGUGGACACGGAGAGAAACAUCAUCACCAUGUGAAAGUGCACGUACCCGAGUUUAUACACCACGACCACCAUACAAAAGUGAUAACGAUUCAUCAUCAUCACCAUAAACCAAAAAAGGAACAUCACCACCACCAUCACCACCAUCAUCAUAAGCCCCACAUUCCUCAUGGACACCACUACCAUCAUGUAAAGAAGGUGCACACAAAGAAAACGGAGAGCAAAGGCCACCAUGGCCAUCACGGGCAUCACGGCCACCAUCACAAACACCACGGACAUCACGGGCAUCACGGGCAUCACGGCCAUCACGGCCAUCACGGUGGUCAUCACCAUCACGACAGCCCCUCGUAUUUUCCUCAAUACGAUGCUCCUUCGAUCAGCUACGAUCCCACACCCACGACCUUCGAAGAGGACUUCGGCGGCUAUAGCCCAGCAGUGCCGGCUUACGGUGCGCCCGCAUUCAUCCCUCGGACGCCACAGGUCCAUGGCGUAACGCACACUGUCAAGCAGGUCAAAGUGUUCGAUUCGUUACCAGGUGCAAUACCGAGUAUCACAAAUGGUCACGCCGCAGGCGGCGGGGGCUAUCAAGUGACAGAGGAAGGGGAGGAGGAAGACGACGCUUUUACAGCAUUAGAUGGACUUCAACAGAGUUAUCCCGGAUCGUUCGCUUUUGUGCGGAACGCGGCACCGGAACCGACAUCUAACGAUAUAUUCUCCUCGCUGUCUCCCCAAAGCACAAGUCAGGCUGCCAAUCACGAUCCAUUUGCAGAGUCUCCCACACCUACGGCUUUUAGUGGAAAUGAAUUCACCAGCCCCUCAGCUCAGGCUCCCCUGUCCUCUUUAGCGCCAACUAAUAAUGUUAUUCCCAGCGCUGAGUCGACUCCCGAGUUCCCGGUGACUUUCCAGGCGGAGCCGACUGGGUUUGACGAUCCCGCGAAUGCGUUUGCAGGGGCGCAAGCCGGUAGCACCGCGCUGUCGCCCGAGGACAAGGCGGUUAACGACAUCGUGUCCUACUCGAGGGUCGCCGGCAUACAGCAGACUAUUAAUACCGGAGGACACGAAACAGUGGUUUAUUAG